UCUGGUAAAACACUGAAGAUUCAGGAAAUGCCGGGAAUGUAAAGUGAAAGUAUAAAAAAUGUUCUGCUCAGCUCACUGAGACAGUAACUCUGACAAUAUAUUCGAAGCAGCAACAACACAGAGAUAGUGAACAGACUGACACGAUGCUACUGACUCCAGCUUAUCGAACUCUGUAUUCUUUACAGGAGCCCGAACUCACAGCUUGGCCAUUCAGCAUGAGCGCCUUUGAACAAAUGGAAAAGGACUUACAGAGAGACCUGAACCAAAUGAGAAGGGCGAUUAGUUUUAUAAAUGAUAUCUUUCAGCAACAGUCUGAGGUUGUCCGGAGGAAAAGAAAACUUCCUAUGGACAAACUACAAAUGGAUUACAUCGAUCAGCGACAGUCUGAGGUUGUCCAGAGGAAAAGAAAACCUCCUACGGACAAGAUACAAAACAGAAGGGGAAAAAGUGAUGGCAUCAGAAUAAAAAACAAUGAGACGGGCUUCUCACUGUCUCUGGAUGUUAAACAGUUUUCCCCAGAAGAACUGACUGUGAAAGUAGCUGGAAGAAAAGUCGCAGUGGAAGGAAAACAUGAAGAGAAACGUGAGGACGGCGAGACAGUCUUCUCCUAUGAAUGCAGUCACUUUAAGAAGGAAGUCCUGUUACCAGAGGAUGUGAAUUCUGAAGAAGUAACUUGUUUGCUGUCCCACAAUGGUGAGCUUGUCAUUGCAGCCCCACGACUGUCCUCACCAGCUGUGACAGGUAGAGACAUUCCUAUCUCCAUCAGCACAGACACAAGCAGUGGAAAGGAAGAUGAAAUGAGAAUGCAGAUAAAACGGACAAGAACAAAAAGCAGGAAAUCUCUUCAAAUGAGGGAAACGAGGUUCCAGCUGCACAGACUGCCUAAACAUGCAGAGAUGGACAUUUCUAUUAUUUAAUGGUCUAUGUUUAGCCAUUUAACUGUUUAAUCAAACUGUUAUAAGAUUGCUGCCUCAUGUUUUAUGAACAUAUUAUUUUGUUCAGAUAUUCCAAAUAUAUAGAAAAAUCAAGAAGAAAAACUUAAAUUUAGCAAUGUCUACUUUUUGUAUGAUGCACUUACUACUUUUCUGUUUUACUACAAAGUACUUGACCAGAAAUUACUUUUGUAAGUCUUCAUUUAUUUUUCUUUACCUUUGUAAUAAUAGCUAUGGAUUUUAUUUGGUUUUCAUUUCUCACAUAUUUUAAA